UAUUUAAUUAGACGUGAAUUCGAUUCAUAAGUAUAUGUUUAAUACAACACAAAGUGUCUAUGUAUAAUACAUGUAUGUUAGAAACUGAGACCUUUAUUUUGAAAAUUAUGACCUCACAAGGAAAUAACUACGCAAGACUUGUAAACAGAAGGGAAGCGACAUUGGCCCUGAAAGUCCAUGGGUGUCCACGGUCUGACCACCUUCGUGGAGGACAAGAGAAACUUGCUCCAAGAUGUAAAGUUCAGGAACAGUCGCCUGGUCAUUGACGGCUGCAGUCUCUAUUUCCGCCUGUACUUUAACCAGCGGUUGGACCAGCAGCACGGGGGGGACUAUGAUGCCUUUGCUGGCUUGCUCACCCAGUUCUUCUCUGCGUUGGCGGCCUGUAGCAUCGAGCCAUAUGUAGUUCUGGAUGGAGGCAUUGACCCAAGUGAUAAGAAGUUUCCCACCCUGCGUCAGCGACUGCAGUCCAAGAUAAAGGAGGCAGACAGUCUCUCCCGUGGUCGCAAUGGCUCCGUUCUGCCCAUCCUCACAAGAGAUGUUUUCAUUCAGGUCCUCAUGCAGAGAGGAGUCCCACUGGUCCAGUGUCCAGCUGAGGCUGACUGGGAAAUUGCAUGUCUGGCUCGCCAGUGGAACUGCCCGGUUCUGACCAAUGACAGUGAUUUUUACAUCUUUGACCUGCCAGGUGGUUACCUGCCGCUUAACUUUUUCCACUGGAACAACAUUAACGGGAAAGCCACUGACCGCUACAUCUCGGCCCGCUGCUACACCACUAACGGGCUGUGCCGCCGGUUCGGCGGCAUGAACAAGGAGUUGCUGCCCUUAUUUGCCGUCCUGGCUGGUAAUGAUUACGGCACUCCAAAAGUUGCAGAGAAAAUCCUCGAUCUUCUAGAUGUGAGUGCGUCAAGGAGAGGUGGCGGCAAAGGCAGAGCGCCCACUUCCCGCAUUGAGGGCUUCCUCCUCUGGCUGUCCUCGUUUUCAAAUCCGGCGGACGCACUGGAGGAAGUGAGCAUGCUCAUGGGGGAGGACGGUGGUAACCGAGGACAGACGGGUGGGUUGAGUUCACAGCUGUGGGCGGGCAUGCAGGAGUACCACAUCGCCCCUCAGAGCCUUUUGGCUCGCUGGUUCGCAGAAGGUAAGGCCGCCCCUAGAGGGCAGGCGCCUUGGCUGCCGGGGUGCUUGUCGCUGGCUGCAGCCCAGGGACUGUUGGCUCCCUUGGUGGUAGAUGCGGCGGUGAUGCACAGGGUCCUGCUCAUUCCGCAGGUGGAGAACAGCAGGCUAGCCAGCAGCCAUUGUAGUGCCGGCGCCAUACGGCAGGCGAUAUAUGGGAUACUGCUGCAGAGAGGCCAGGACGUCCAGGGACCGGACGGGAGGGCACAAGAAAACGUUAGUCGUGGUAUGAGAGGAGGGCGAGGAGGAAGGGGGCGGGGAGGUGUUCAUGUUGCCGGAGGGAGGAGUCAGGUUAGUAUUUUACCAGCACAGCAGGGUGCCCCAAUGUGUGUGGAGGAGUACGACCGCAUGGAUCUGAACUUAAGGAAAAUUAAUGUUGAGGCACAUCCGCCAAGAACUCCCUUACGUCUAGGCACACUGGGCCAGGCUCCUGUGGAAGUUCGUCUCGGUGUCCUGUUAGAGGUCCUGGGUUUGACGGAGUCGGCCGUGGCUCCUGUUCCUCUCCAUCUGAGGCUGGCCGUGGCAGUGACGGCCUUCUGGCUGCGAGAGGCCAAACCGACCCCCUCAAAGCCCCAGCUGCAGGCUUUGGUGCUGGGCAUGGUUUACGGAGAGCUGUCCCUGAGCCACCAGCCUGGAGCCACCCACUACCAGCAUACCGUCCCACAGCCAAACUGGGCUGCAGAGCGCAGCGCGUGGGCGGGACUGGACCGACAACGCGUGAGGCCAGGGGAGAGGCGGGGCUUCGACAUCGGAGUGGCUCACAGCUUCAGCCAAUGGCAGGCCUGCCUCUGGAGUGCACUGUGUCUCAAUCAGCUAUUGCUGCGGCCACUUCCUGAACCCCACCUCUCAUGGUUGUUCAGUGGCACCUUGGUGCACGGCCUCCUCGGGUACCUGAAAGGAGGCCGGGCUGCUGAAUCUCUCCUCGUCGAGGGUUCAACGUCCGGAUCUCUCUACGCGUUGCUGCUGGACACCGUGAGGAGCUGCAGCUCCAGGACCAACCCCCCCCCUUCGGCAGCGGGGAGAGGGAGGAGAGGCGGAGGUCGGGGAAGGAGGGGAAGAGGAAGAGGGGGAGGUGGAAGAGGAGGAAGGGAGAGGGGGAUCGAGGAGAUAAACAAUCGGUUUGCACUCCUGAUGAGCGACGAAGAGUUUGACUAUUGAUGAAGAGGCAGAGAAAAUGAAAGUGUUCAAUGUGAAGCACUUGGGUCCAAAUGAGGGAGGACAUUCCAGUGUUUUAUCAAACACACAAAUAGUUAUUUCACAAGAGAACAAAACAUGUUAAUGUUGAAUACCCUGCUUCUGUCUAUGUUGCACUAAUUCAAGACUAAUCAAUGAAUCAAUCUUCUAUUAUUGUCCCAAAGGAGGUUGUGUCGGGCAACAUGUCCGUUUUUUGCAACGCAAACUAUAGACAUAUUUUAACUCGCUGAGUAAGGUCACCAUAUUUUAUGCAUUUUUUAUCCGCUAUUUGUAUUCAGUCAGGUCAACACAACAUUUUAAAAGGUGAAUGCAGAGGAGUCCUAUUUUAUCAGCUCUGUUGCAAAAAGAGGGAAAGUUGAAUGGCAGCUUGUAUCCU